CCAUGUCCAGCUAUGCUUGUUAGCCGUGUUUGAAGUAAUUCUGAGAAAUGUUUCAGCCUCGUCUUCGUUUAGGCAAAAGUGGACGUAGGAAAAAGUAUUCCUAAGAAGAAACUUGGACUAGAGCCGUCAACCGAAAUGCAGAGAGGCCAAUGGCCUCCUGGUGGUCACCUCGCCCCGUCCAGGCAGCCGAAUUCUGGCUCAGUGGACCCCAGAGUUUCAGCUCGGAGGUCUGCAGAGUCAGAGAGAGAUAACACUGCGCGGCGGGAUGCUCGCGCUACUGCACCAUUGGACAUGGCCGUUCCGCUGCCAGCCAGUGAGUUGCCACUGACGGCGAACGAGUUGUUCUCUGCCGACUUCUCAGGCGAAUCCCCUGCCGAGCCCGAGUUUGCCAAUUCUCAGGACAGCAAGGGCCCCAGCACAAGUGGAAGAGCUGCUAGUAGCAAUGCAUCAAAUCCACGGUGUUCGGAUCCCAGGGCCGCUUCCCGGGCAGUGCACAGCUCCAGCCAUCCCAACUCCAGCUCGCAGCAGAUUAACGCGCCUCACAGCAACGCGGGGAACAGGCACAUUGCGAGUUUGGACGCGGGCGCUCGCAGCGUGACGAGCCCGGGACGAGACAUGACUGACGAAACAAAGCCACUUUACUACGCCGAGCAGUUGACUCAGUACCAGCCUCAGGCCACAGCCCAUUCUGCUGCCGGGCACUCAAACGUGCCACCCGAUCGCCGCAGAUCAUCGGGGGAAAGUCUGGAAAAGCCGUCCGGUGCGAAACCGUUCUAUAACUUUGGCCCAUCGCAGCCAGCAGAGCAAAGACAUGGCACCGUGCAGUCCGGAAGCCACCGCCCUGCACAGCAGCACCAGCAGACGCAGCAGCAAAAGCAACAUCACCACUUGCAACAGCCGCAGUAUCACCAGCAACAAUCGCCACAGCAACACCACCACCUGCAGCAACAGCAGCACCCACAGCAGCAGCAGCAAACAUACCAUCAGCAGUCGCAGCAGGACCCACGUGACUAUCAUUCCAGUUAUCAGCGUGACGCGGGUUCCGGAUCCGUACCAACCAACGAGUAUCAGCAACGCUAUCAACAAGGCACAAGUGCCGGAAGCACUCCUGGUUUCCCUGCCUCGCACAGUGCAGCACCAGCACCACCGACGGCAGCACCGCAGCACCAGGGUCAGUACGCGGCUUCGGCAGCCGCGCUGAGUAACCAUGGUGACCGACACGCAGCCUACGCCGGCGAGAGCUAUGCUGCUGCUAGCGGCCAUGGUCGAACGGCAUCCGCCGUCGGGGCUAGCUCCGCAUCCGGUGCCUCGCAUCCUCCGGCUCAUCAAGGUCACGCUCAGGACGUGCGAGGUGCUUCGGCAGCAGUUGCGGCUAGGCAGCAGCACUUCUAUUCUGACGAGCACAUGCCCUCACAGCCGACGUUUCGCCAGCAGUCCGCUCCGCAGUACAGUCGCAAAGCGGGCGUGUCGUCGUCGUCGUCGUCAUCGUUUCCGCCUCAAAACCACCCCAUUGCCGCUGCGACCAGCCCGUCUGCUGCCGUUCGCCACACCCCAGCAGCACCAGCAGCAGCGCCGUCGCCAUCGGCGUAUCGCUAUAGUCAGGACGGGAUGACAACGAGCGCGGAUGUCUGCCGAGCGGAGGCAGCAGCUGUGCCGGGAUAUGCGGCUACUACUAGCAGUGGCGCACAGCAGGAGCGCUACGACCGUGAGUGGGCACAUGCUUCCGCUCCGGCGUACAGGUCGGACAUGCAAGCCGAGCUAGGCACGCAAGCCAGAUCAUCAUCGUCGUCAUCGCAGCAGCAACAGGGGUACGACUGGUCGCGGCAGUCUGCCGUGUCUGCACGGGAAGUGGCGGAGUCCAGCGACAUGCUCCGCGAUUCCAGGGCCUCCACGGUGGAGAGCUACGGGCAACACUCCUCACCCGCCAGGGUCUCCACGGUGGACAACUACGGACAGCGCUCCUCGGCGGUGACUUCGCAGCGACCUGCGGAACUGCAUCGUACCACCGUGCACCGUGAUCCCAGCGACGCCGCUCGUACGCAGCAGGCUCCAGCCGCCACAUAUCACGACCGCCGAAGCACUCCGGCCGAGCCCGCACAUUUGCCCAACAGCCGUGCCUCCGUGCCUUCGGCCUCCAGGUAUGGCGAGCGCUCCUCGGAUUUGGCAUCGCAUCCGGCCGACGCAGGCUCUGGUCCGUCUGCUGCCAGCUAUUCGCGCAACGAUCCGCCGUUAUCUCUCCUCGAAGAGCUGGUUUCAGCGUCACCUUCGGCCACCAAAUACGGCGAACGGUCGUCGGAUUUGCCGUCGCAAGCGGCCGACGCAGGCUCUGGUCCGUCUGCGGCCAGCUAUUUGCGCCACGAUCCGCCGUUAUCUCUCCUCGAUGAGCUGGUUUCAGCGUCACCUUCGGCCACCAGAUAUGGCGAACGGUCGUCGGAUUUGCCGUCGCAUCCGGCCGACGUACGCGCCGAAGCAGCCCCUGCUGCGUCUGCCGCCGCCAGCUAUUCGCGCAACGAGCGGCCGUUAACUCUCCUCGAAGAGCUGGUUUCAUCGUCAGCAGCGAGCUGCCCUGCUCGGCCGGAGGCUAACACUGGCACGCCUGGUGAUACCACCAGCGGAGGCUACGAGUCCGAAUCUUCGGCUUCUUUUUACGGCCGAGACUGGGCCAGGGCAUCGGCUAGCAGCACGGUUCACCCGUUGGACUCGAGGACCAGUAGAGGCGACGAUCCCGCGUCCAGUGUGCGCACCUCGGCCUACACUCUGGACAACGAGAGAAGCGGGUCCGAGAUGGCUUCCCGGCUAAUCGACGAUCGCUCGCAAGCUCGUUCGUCCGUUUCCGGCAGUUCUCGCGCGCAGACCGGCGAAGCACCUUCUGCAGAUUCAUCGCUUCCACCACCCCGUGACUGGGCAAGAGCAUCGUCAUCAACUGAAAGACACGCGGAGAGAUCAAGCUCGGCGGAGCGCGUCGGCAGGGAUUCCGAUACCAGCGUGACGCGUAUCCAUCGCGAGGAAUUACUGCGCCUGGUCUCCGCACAGGAACCCGACAAGGCACCCGGCGGAAAGCAGGCCUUCGAUCGUCUGCUGCCACGGGCGAGCGAUCUGAACGCACCCUCGCCUCAACCGUGGGAGGACGACUUCUUUUCGGCGAGUGCUGGCACUGGAGCUAGUGCCGAUCAUACCGAUGACGGGCAGGCAGUAUCCCCGACGAGACGGCGAGCGUCCGACGGGUCCGGCCGCCACGCGGAGAAGGAACUGCCGCCGCCGCAGCGACCCCGCUCUCCUCCUCGCGCCCCCCUGUCGCCGCGCAGUGCCCUGCGUCGACGCGAGCAGCAGCACGAGGAGUACGAGCGGCAGUAUCGGCAGCGCGAGGGGCGCGACUACGCCCGUCCGGAUCUCUACCAGCGGCCGCCGCCCCGUGACGGCGAGCUGCCCGACACGGCGGCGGUCAGGUUCGGCGAGCGCUCGCGUUCCGACGACCGCUCUGCCUCACAGAAGCGCUCGCGCCCGCGAUCCCCGGUCGCGGACCUACCGGACGCUAAGCGACGGCAACGCUCCCCCUCGGUCACGCGUCGAAGCAGCGAGGAUCCCGUGCGAUCGAGACCGACGGAGGACGUCAGCGAAUGUGUUGAGCGUGUGCAACCGCCCAAGGUCGUUCCGGCCCACGCACCAGGCACGCGGGGGCGGCACACAAAGACGAAAGAUGGCCGGCAUUACGUACCAACCGCGUCUUCUAUGAGACGUGCUCGUGGUGACGUGUAUAGUCUGGAUUUGGCUCGCGAGCAGCCGUGGGCAAUGCUGUUCUUCGCCGAGCCCGCCAACGAUCCUCCAACAUCGUGCUCUGGUGUAUCGUCGGCUGCUGCGAUGUCACCCAUGCCGGACACCUCAUCUUCUAGCGGUGAGACGGCACAAGUGACAUCAUCGUCCGGUGAAGCCACAGAAGCGACGUCGCCUCUUGACGUGACGUCAUCCGCUGCUGCUGCGAAAGAUGCACAGACAAUGUCAGACUGUGCGAAACCGGCCUCACCUGAAACCAUCAAACCUGCAGCGUCAACUGCCGACAAUGGAGUUACAGAAGAUUCCUCGUCUCAUCUGGCAGGCGAGAAUGGUCGCCAUGACAACUCGAUGGCUGCAGCUGCCCCUUCUGAUGCCGUAGCCACGGAUAAGGGUCAGUCCACGGAUGCCAAGCUGACUCCGUCUGCAGAGAUACCUGCUGUCCCUGCUAUCGUUAUGACGAGUGACAAGCGUCAAGCCCAGGCAGAUAAGCUGCUGGAAGGUACCCCACAGCUGUGCGAGCUGCUCGCCGAAUUCCGCUCGAUAUUCAGCUCGCCAAAAGGUGUUAACGUGGCCACUGUUGCGGCGGUGGAGGAGCCUAUGGAGGUUGAGCCCAUCCUGGAGGAAGGUGAAGUGAGCGAAUCGGAGGAAGAAGGAGAAGAAGCCUCUGGCCCAGUGGAUAGUGCGGCAUCUAUUGUACCAUCGCCCGGGGUUCAUGCUGCAUCGCGUACUAAUUCUGAUGCUCGUGUUCCGCAUGAUGGUGCUCUGGAUGGGUCGCCCGCGGAGAUACCCGAGAAGGAUCUCAUGACGCCGGACGAGGACGGCCGCGUCUUUGCCCAUGCUGACCUCUGGUCCAACGUACCUGGACAGAGCGACACUGGGAAGCUUUGCUCCUGCUCGGAGGAGGCACAAAAGAAGGGAGUUCUCCAUGGAGUCUACCGUGGAGAAGAGCGUAUCACACCAUGCGUGACCAACUCAAACAAUCGCGAUCGUCUCUACUGCUACCAUAUACAGUUGUCCCCGCUGAAGAACUUUGCUACGUCCAGCCCGACCACGAUUCGCGUCGAGGAUAUUCCGUACGAGUUUGAGGGCUUCUCUCUGAUCUCUCAUGAAGACCUGUCUAUGAUUCCUUCGACCCGUCUCAUUCGUUUCAACAUCGAGUACACUCUGUCUUUGAGCCCUGAGCCUAUGCCAAAGGACUUCACAAUGGAUUGUCUGAACACAUUCCACGAUUUCCUGUUCAACAAACUUCUGGAGCUAUACGAUUGGGAUCUGAUGGGGCAAUUGGAGGACACCUGUCCGCGAUUCCAUGUCUAUCCGCGGUUUGUGCCGGCUAACACAUCUACACGCGAUGGUCCAAUUCCGCUACUCUCUAUGGACCGGAUUCUCAAGUAUCUGGUUGAUUUCCACCGACCCCUUUAUACGCCGUGCGGAGGUGUUAAGUACGAAGGUAACCCGGUAGAGUUUGCCGACGAGCUGGUGUUUUCCAGCUACAAGAAACCCAGCACCAUCCGCCUCGACCGGUUUGAAGUCAAGGAAGGCAUGGAGCAUCCUGUAAUAUGUCACUUUGGUAUUCGCCCAGUACAGCACAGCUAUGCAGCCGAUCCCAAUUAUCUCAAAUUGCAGCGUUCAUUCAACAAAUAUCAACAUCAGCAGUUCUUUGGGCAGCUGACACGUGAGGAUUUGGAACGCAUGGUUCAAGUCAAGUAUGAAAUGGAGCAGAUCAGGGAGGAGAAGACAUUACGUCGUGAUGUGAUGGUGGAAGUCAACGCCGACGGGUACAACCACACGGGGCUCAAAUCCGACAUUGCGCAGUGGUCAUUGAUGUUGCCUGUGAUCACGCAUCACGUCCGUCACUUCAUCUCGCUCAAGGAGUUCGACGACACUCUGCAGUACAAGUUUAAAGACCGCAGCCUGCUCUCGCUGGCAUUGACGCAUCCGUCUCACCACGUCAAUUACUGCAUGAAUCCCGAUCACGCGCGCAACGCCCUGUCCAACUGCGGAGUGAGAGAGCCGGCAUACGGCGAUAGACGUGCUGUCAUGCCCAUCCUGAAGCGACGCGGAAUGACCAAGCUCUUUAAUACCAUGGGAAAGCAAGCCUCGCCUGAUAGUGUUUCGCCUGUGCAGCAUUUCGAGCGUCUGGAGUUUCUUGGAGACGCUGUGCUGGAGUUUGUCUGCAGUCUUCAUCUGUUUCUCCUGUUCCCGGACGCUCAAGAGGGCUUACUGACUAUCUUCCGUACAGCCAUGGUGCAGAAUACACACUUGGCGUAUAUGUGCGAGAGUCUUCACAUGGAGGACUUUAUGCUUUACGCUCAUGGCCCGCAUCUGACUGAUGAGCUUGGGCUCAAGCAGAUGAUCGCCAAUGUGUUUGAAGCACUGAUGGGCGGUAUCUUCCUGGAAGAAGGCCUGACUGCCGUCUCUAGUUUCUUCUCCAGGCACAUCUUCGGCGACGAGCAGGAUCUUGUUGAUGUGUGGAUGGGUUACCCUCUCCACGACUUGCAGCAAGACAAGCCAUGUGGAGAUCGUGAACUAAUUUCUGAAACACCCUUGCUGAAGGACUUGCUGCAGCUGGAGGAGCGUACCGGCAUUCGUUUCCGUCACAUUCGCCUGUUGGCAAAGGCCAUGACUCAUCCGCAAGUCGGCUUCAACAAUCUGACCGGAGGUCACAAUCAGCGUCUGGAGUUCCUCGGUGACAGCGUGCUGCAGUUUGCCACGUCACAGUACCUUUACCGGCACUUUCCCGAGCAUCACGAAGGACACUUGUCGUUGCUCCGCAGUGUCCUAGUCAACAACCUGUGCUUGGCCAAGGUCACACAUGAUCUUGGGCUGCUGGAAUACACAAACUUUGGACCGGAGAGAUCUAAAAUGAAUGCCAAGACAAAGCUUCUGGCUGAUCUGUUUGAAGCUUUCCUGGCUGCGCUGUGUCUGGACCGCGGUAUGAAACUAGCCGUGGAAGUGUGCAACACCGUCCUCUUCCCCAGACUACCUGAUAUGAUAGAGAAGCGUGACUGGAUUGAUCCCAAGAGCAAGCUACAGCAGAGUGCAAUGACUCUGCGACGCCAUAACCAACCCAGCACCAUGCCCACGUAUCGGCAACUGGAGGAGCGCGGGCCAUCGCACAAGAAGAUUUUCACAGUUGGCGUGUUUUUCCGAGGCAAGCGUAUCGGAGUUGGCUCAGGGCACAGUAUUCAAGCAGCCGAGAUGGAAGCAGCUGAAGACGCCCUGGAAUCACGUGCCAUUCCGCGAUUGCGCCAGGCGCAGUUCCAAGUGGACGACCGCAGCAAGGCCUACCCGUACUGGGAAUAACAAGAGCGCGUGCAAGCGUUGUGCCCGUGCAACGCUGGCCGUCGUGCCGUGGACUCGCGCCACUCACUUGCCCUCUGUCUGUGUGUGUGUGCCGUGGACUGACCAGACCCUUGUUUAGCAUAUCUGUGUGUGCCGUUGACGGACGGCACCCUCGUUUAGUGUUAUCUGUAUGUGCUGUGUGGACUUAUGACACCCUGUCUUAACAUUCCCUGUGUGUUGUGGGCGCACACCACUCUCUUGCCCAGCGCUCUGUGUGUGUGCCGUGGACUGACCACACCCUCGUUUAGCACAUUUUUAUGUGCCGUUGACGGACGACACCCCGUCUUUAAAACAUUCUCUGUGCGUUGUGGACGCACGCCACUCUCUUGCCAAGCAUUCUGUGUGUGUGUGUGUGUGUGCUGUGGACGCACGGCAGGCUGGCUAAACCUUCUGUGCGUAUCGUGGACUGACAACGCCCUGUCUGAGCGAAUCUGUUUGUGCUGUGGACCCACAACACCCUUGCUCAGCUUUCUCUGCGUGCCGCGGACCCACGACACCCGACCUUUUAAAAGACAUUCUCUGUGUGCCGUGGCCUCACAAUACCCUGGGGCUUAGCAUAUCUGCAUGUGCUGUGGACGCACGACACGCUGGCUUAACAUUCUCUGUGCGCCACGGACUGACCAAACCCUGGCUUAACAUUUCUCUAUGUGUGGUGUUCAUGCUUCUAUAAUACGAAUACAUUUGUUUCCACCAGGGAGUCGUAUUAAUACCGACUCCCUGGUAUCCACUGUGUGCGGCACCUUGUUCUACAUUCCACCUCGUCCCGCUCUAAUGUGGCCUUGUUUGUUCAGCCUUCGAGUUCUUGAUCCAAUCAUCUCCCUCCCCGGGGCACCGUGCCCUGCCCUGUGCGCAUCGUCCGGUUACGUUUCCAAGUCACUGUGCGUUCAGCCAGCUCUCGCUGGUGGUGGUGCUCGGCUGCUGGCCUGCUGCCCAGUGCCUGUGGGCCUAGGCAGGGCACUAGUACCCGGUAAUUCCACUAACCAUGAUAUUGCAUCCUGCUGCUGCUGUUCUCGCCAGGAGUAGUAAAAUACCGGUGUUUUACUACUACUCCCUGGUUCUUGCUCAUCUCUCUUCAUGCUUCAGCUAACAUCCCCGCCGGCCGGCAAUCUGUAAAAUUUCUAACUAAUUUUUUCCCCGUUUUUCUCACUCUUUCUGGGGAAAUGCGUUUGUGUAUAAUGUUCAGCCUUUUACCCGUUUUUUUUACCAUUCCUGCUCCUCGUUGUGUGUCCUGGCCUGUCCUCCUCUCUAUGUUUGCUGUUGUUAUUAUUGCUGCUGCAGCUGCUAUACUGCUGCUGCUGUGCUUCGAUGCUUAAGUCAUCAGACCAUGACUGUCCUGACGCAUCUCUUUACACCACCCCUUUACACGGUCAUAGAGGUAAUCAAUCAC